AUGAGUCAGUUAGACUUUUCUUUGCAGCGACGUCUUAGGGUCAAGGAUAUUGACGCGGAGAGUAAUCACUCCGGGAGAGUUACAACGAGCUCCAUGGAAGAAAAAUUAGAACGCACAGUGCGAUGUUCAUCAGUGCUGAUCGGAGCGCUGGGCAUCUCUUUGAUAGCUUUGGCGAUAUACACAGCGGUGCUGGUGCUCACUGAGUACCGGAGUCCGAGGCCCUGUCUCAGUGAACAGUGCGUUGGAACUGCUUCACGGAUCUUGCAAGCCUUGAACAAAGAUGUGGAUCCCUGUACUGAUUUCUACGAGUUUGCGUGCGGAGGAUGGAUCAAACAGAACCCUGUACCAGACUGGGCCACUUCUUGGGACCAGCUGGCGAAGCUUCGAGAACAACUUGUCACCGAUCUAAGAGAUCUACUAGAAGCGAAGGACGAUGAGGGCUUGCCACAGAGCGUGAAAAAAGCAAAGAGUCUUUAUAGGACCUGUGUUAAUACUGAAAGACUUGAAGAUGAGGGCAUCAAGCCGAUUCAAAGGAUUCUGCAGAAGUUGGGUCUUCCACCGCGGCCGCCGACUGAGAUGACUGCUAACUUCACGUGGGAGACUGUGGCGGGGAGGGGCCGUAGGAACCUGGGGCUGAAUGUACUGCUCAGUGUGCAGGUCGCUGAGGACGUUAGGAAUACCAGCAGGAACCGCGUUGUGAUCGAGCAAGUAUCGCCAGGAUUCAGCGACCGCUACCUGCUGCAGCCGGAGCAGUUCUCCCACGAGUUGUCUCAGUACCACAAGUACAUCAAAUCCAUGAUCAGCAUCGCAGACAACGAGACCGACGCUGAGCAAUUUGCUGAUGACAUCGUAGACUUCAGCAAAAAAUUGGCUAAGAUAAUGACACCAGUGGAGGUGCGUCGCAGUGGUACUCAUUUGUUCCAUGAGGUCAGCGUGCAGCAACUGAUCCAGGGCUCCAGCGGCGGGCCAGUUCAGUGGAAACAGCAUGACUGGGAGUUGUACUUGAAGCUAGUGUUUUCGAACACGAGCGUGGUGUUACACCCGCACCAGGACCGCGUCAUCGUGAUGGACCUCCCCUACCUGCAGAAACUGUCCGUACUGCUGGCUGACACCAAGCCUGUUAUUGUUGAGCGGUUCCUAUGGUGGAGCGUGUUCUCGACGGUGGCGCCGAUGACGCUGGGCGCGUUCCGCGAGCUGGGCUUCGAGUUCUCGCGCGCCGUGUUCGGCCUGCAGCAGCGCACGCCGCGCUGGAAGAGCUGCACCGCCAACGUCAACGCCAACUUCGGGGUCGCGCUCAGCUACCUCUACGUUAAGAGGCACUUCGACUACGACAGUCGACAGAAGGCUAUCGAGAUGGUGGAGGAUGUCCGCGAGGCCUUCGCUGAAGCAGUAGAAUCCCUGGACUGGAUGGACUCCACGACGCGGCUGAAGACCCUGAACAAGCUGAAGGCCAUCCGCAACUUCGUCGGGUUCCCCGCCUGGCUGCUCACACACGAACAACUCGAUAAACAUUAUAAACACGCGGAGGUAGUAGAGGGCAAUUUGUUCGAGACCUACCUGAAGCUAACGUUUGCUGCGGUAAAGAAGACCCUAGAGUCGCUGCGGGAGAAGCCAGACAGGAACCGAUGGGUGGCCACCGCUACCACUGUUAACGCAUUCUAUUCAGCCACCUUGAACUCUGUCAGCUACUUUUUAUCAACAUACCUCGCGGGCGAAGCUGCGUGCGCUAUGCCUGUGUGCGCUAUGUCCCGUGGUGGUUUUAAGGUUGCGGUUGCAAGCUUAAUAAUAUGCCGUGAGCCCGUUCUGAAAGAGAAGAAGGAAUGCGGUGAUAUUUAG